AAUGCAAACCCACUCACUUUAACACAUCACACGCUUUAACAUGAUCACACAAAGGAUAAUACAACUGUAGUUCUCUUUUCAAAUAAAGAGGGUUACAACAUUCCAACAUUCGUGAGGGGAGAUGCUCUGAGUGAUAGUUCCCGGAUGAAGGUGUAACGCCAUCUUUACUCCACACCAUUCAAUCCGCAGCUGUUGCUUGCAUAGGGGCCUGCCGGUGAACUCACACUCCUCCUUCGCACCAAACACGCUUGCCGUGCGCUUUCCAACAUGGGUGAUCGGGACGAUCUGGUGUACCAAGCCAAACUCGCCGAGCAGGCGGAGAGAUAUGAUGAAAUGGUUGACUCCAUGAAGAAAGUAGCUGGGAUGGACAUUGAACUGACAGUUGAGGAGCGAAACCUGCUCUCAGUGGCCUACAAGAAUGUGAUUGGGGCAAGAAGAGCGUCCUGGAGGAUAAUCAGUAGUAUUGAGCAGAAAGAGGAAAGUAAGGGUGGAGAGGACAAAUUGAAAAUGAUUCGGGAAUAUAGGCAAACGGUUGAGACUGAGUUGAAAUCAAUCUGCAAUGACAUCCUUGAUGUAUUGGACAAGCACCUAAUCCCAGCUGCGAAUUCGGGAGAGUCCAAGGUCUUCUACUACAAAAUGAAAGGUGAUUACCACAGGUAUCUCGCUGAGUUUGCCACGGGAAACGACAGGAAGGAGGCUGCAGAAAACAGUUUGGUUGCUUACAAAGCUGCUAGUGAUAUUGCAAUGACAGACCUACAGCCUACACACCCCAUUCGCUUGGGUCUUGCUCUAAACUUCUCCGUAUUCUACUAUGAAAUCCUCAACUCUCCCGACCGUGCAUGCAGGUUGGCAAAGGCAGCAUUCGAUGAUGCUAUUGCUGAACUUGACACAUUGAGUGAAGAAAGCUACAAGGACUCUACACUCAUCAUGCAGUUGUUACGUGAUAACCUGACACUAUGGACUUCAGAUAUGCAGGGAGAUGAUUCCUAAAGGAAAAUGUUAAUUGCCCUCAAAAUUUAUUUGUGAGGAACAGAAUAAAGAGGCAUUGCAAGAUGUGGAGGAUGAAGCCCAAUGAGACAACACAGCCAAUAUGAGACUCCACCCCACUCCCCCCUCCUCUUUCCCAGACCCCACUCACAAAGGGAGCCACCAAGCCCAACCUUAUGAGUGGCACUUAACAGCUUGAUGCCUCCAGUUUUUUUUUUUCUCUCCACUUUUUUUUUUUUUUUUUUUUUAAUAUUAUUCUGUUUUAUUAGCCCUUAAAUUGAAAUAAAAUAUACCACUUAUUAAACAAACUUCAAUUAUGAUUUUUGAAUGGUCAGAAUUAUUAUUUUUCUUUUUCCUGGUACAUUUUUUUAUGUUAAUUUUGCUUUUUCUUUACAUUUUUAUCAGUUGCUGGAUAUAUUUUGAGUUUUUCUUAAUGUAAUUACAGAAAUUAACUUUUAUUACUGAUAUGUCUACUAUUAGUGGUGUGAGCUGUAAUAUUUCUGUGUUAGUGCAAUUAUCAGAUGCCGUUAAAGAAAACAAUUAAACCUUUAAAAGGGCAAGUCUAAACAAAGUGCUCUUUUUGUUGAUUUUAGUUUUUCAGAGAACGUCAAAACAAAUUUCUUUAUCCAUGUGCAGCUGAACAUCACAAAGUAGUAAUGUAGUAACAUUUGCCAGUGUUCUGGACUGUAAUUUGUGCUAAAAUACUGUAUUGCUCACAUAGGCUGAUGAUGGUGGGUGGAUAGCUGCAGCUCUAUAAAAUUGAAGGAGCCUUGUUGCUUUUAGAACAAAGACAAAUGCAGGUCUCCAUUGGCUGUCUCAAAAAUAAAAGCACUAAUAAAGUUGAUUUUAAGCCUGCAUGAGUACAUGAAAUAGUAUAUUUCUCUUCUUCCCCCAAUCUACUUAAUGCUUAUCAUUUCUUCUGUUCUUUGUUAACUUGAAACUAGUUUGUACUACUGGAUAUUUGACUGGAACCACAGACCUUGCAUCUGUAUUACCAAGAAACAGCAUGGAAUUAACAAUUAACUUAAAAUAAAACUGCCUCAAGUAAAAUAUUUAACCUGCUCCUCUGCACUAAAUGUUUUCUUUUCUCCACGUCUGUACAUAUUUUGUUAUAUCAUCCACAUGUUUUGCCUUUUCAACAUGAAAUAAGAGAAUUUCUAUUUAUAGAAAAGCAUUUACUGUACUCCGCAAGGUCAGAGGAAUUGGUCAAUCGAAGUCUUAAAUGAAAUGAGCAUUUCUGUCAUUGAUAUAGUCUUUUGCAUGUAAUAAUUACCCUUUAGAAAAAGCAGGAGGAAAGAACUAAUUGUAUUUAUAUUUGGCUAGUAGGACAGGUAGAUACUGGGGUUUGCCAAUCCAGGAUUGUUGGUUUUAGCAAGAGAAUUAUUUGAUGGAUACUAGUGUUUAUAUAUAUAUAUAUAUAUAGAUAUAUAUAUAUAAAUAAUGCACUGAUCAGCCACAACAUUUAAACCACCUGCCUAAUAUUGUGCUGC